AUGCCAACUGCUAGUGAUGCAUCUCCAACUACCACCUCUACCGACCACAUGCAGGCGACUGGAAUUAUUGACGAGCAUGAUGCGGAUGUGCUCAUGGCCGUCCAGGCCCUCGGGGAUAUGAGGAGCCAGGGCACCGCAGGUUCGCCGCUCUCACCGAGCAGAAGUGAUACAAGUAGGUUGGCUCAGUCACAGACCAUGCCAGUCGACUCUAGCAUGCUCCUCGAAGACGAGACACGGGACCAGGUCGUUGCAAUUAAUGGAGACUUUGUUUCCCGCGUUUCGACCCUGCCCCUCGUCACUUCGAUGCUCAGUGCGUAUUCACAGACCAAGGCGAGCUCUAGGGUAGUCAAGUACGGUGCGCAGAUGGUUGAAUCUUCAGUCAAGACGAUAAGCAAGCCCGUCAUGAACCGGCUGCCCACGGCUCAGUUGGACGAAUUUGCCUGUCGCCAAUUGGAUAGAUUGGGACAACGUUAUGGUCGAGUCGAGAGUCCUCGUGACGACGGUUUAUCACCUCUUCCAGACGAGAACACUCGCAGUUCGACCCCUCGGUCUCCUGACCCAGGCCCUCCCAGGGGACGCAGCUUGGAGCGACGCACGUCAAACAAUAGUACCACACAAAUGAGAUCCCCCACACCUUCUGUGCGUGAUGAUGCCAUACAACCGCAUCAUGCAGCAGGAUCUGGCGUGCCAAUUGAAUCGGAUCGUCAAGUCGCGAACAGAAGCCGAUGGCAAACUAUGCUCUUGGAGGCGGGCGGAAUUGGCGCAGCGCUCAGCGAUGAGAGCAUGAAACGCCUGAAAUACUGUCUACAAUGGCUGCAGUAUGCUACCAAUCGGAUCGAUAGCCAAAUUGCCGUUUUGCGUGAGUUUCUAGAUUCACUACAACCUGGAGCUGGUACAACCGGGCCGCUCUUGCCUAUGCACAUGGAUAGAGACGCGCCUGUAUCGCCGGCCGCACUCGCACGGUUGAGCGCCGUAAAGCGGGAUGUGGUGGCCACGAUCCGGCAAGCUGUGGAUAUUGUCAGUCGAUAUGCCGGUGGAGCGUUGCCCGAACCAGCCAGAGGAACCGUUCGCUCUGUUCUCUUGAAUUUGCCCGAACGAUGGGCCAGCGCCGGUCAUUCUGCCAACGGAGAGAUAGAUGGACCUGGUCAUAGACGAAUUGUCUCGGGCUUGAGCGCUCGAGCGCCUUAUCCACCAAGGACAAAUACCACAGGCGACUCCGGCGUCUAUUCGGCCCGCCCCGGGCCCCGGCCACCACCCACUGCCGGUACUGCUGCUCAAGCAGCACAACGCGUCAUGACUCUCGCUACGGAGAGCCUCGACAUGAUGCGAGGUGUUACCGGAGUUGUCAAGGAUAGUCUUGACCGUGCUGAAGUCUGGGUCGAUCGUUUGCGCGUGGUCGGACUCCAACGUGGAGAGCAGGACGCGGAUGAGCUAAUGGGACCCCCUCCACCGCCCGAGUCGAACUUGGGUUCUUCGCACCAAAACGGGAUUCCUGGAACUCCUGCACUCACGUCCGGGUCUGGAUCCCCUCGAUCACUCUCAAUCGCGGCGCCGCUCUCGCCCAUGUCUUUCCCACACUCGUUUAGGGACGCUUUGGUUCACCCGCGCACUCAACCUCCUUCGGUUUAUUCGUCCUAUUCAUCCUUACCGUCCUCUGCUGCUCCUUCCAACGCCGGGAGCGAUACGGAAACGGAUGGUGACGGUGAUGACGAUGCAGCUAACAGCAUUGGCCACAUGAGCAGAAAGCGUCGCAAAGGAGGAGGGCGUGGUGCUAAGCGACUCAAGGAUACUACAAUGACCGAGGCAAAUGAUGUAAUCUUGCCUCCUUUGCAGAUGAUCGACUCCCAAGGCUAA